AACAGAAGAAGGAUGGCUUAUAUAAAAGUGCGAACGCAUUGCCGUUGGUUAUAGCAGUGCACUUGUCGCAGCUUGAGUAAGAACUAUUUUCGAAGAGAGACGGAUAACACUAUAACGAUAACUAAGCUAACAUGCAGAAAUUGGUAAGACAAAAUUUGAUCUUCGCUUGCCUGUUGGGCACCGUUGCCUGGGCUGCUGAAAUCUACUAUACGCCCGCCAGCAGCGCCGCAGCAGCUUACUAUGCACCACUGCCCAUAGCAGUGCCUGCAGCACGCAGCGCCGCCAUUCUACCUUUGGCCUAUUCGCGCUAUCAGGCAGCUGUGCCAUUGCCGGCUGUGGAGACCUACAACAGCGUGCAGACACCGGACUCAUUCCAGCAGCAAUAUCGCUCCGACUACAAACCGGUCACCUAUGAGUUUAUACACUAGCUUAUUUAGUAGGCGGAAAAGGCACGAACAUUUCAAAGGAUUUCCAAUAAUUUUGUAUGAAAUAAAGUGAAAUAAAAGUAAAAAAUAAGCA